AUGGCAACGGGCGCCGGGGCCGCUGUAGUGCCGUGGGGCUGUCGCGCCGCACCGCGCCGUGCCGUACCGCGCCGCACUGUACCGUCCCGUCCCGCCGAGUCCCGCCGACCCUUAGGAGGACGCCCCGGGGGACGCCCCCUUCACAUCUCCGCGCCCAAGGAGACACCUUGCCCUUAAGAAAGCCAGCGGCUCCUCUGCCGCCGCAGCGGGACCGAAAGAUGAAGUGGCUGUCUGACCUGCCCCAACAGUGUAUUUUGCUGAUGACAUGUCUCCUAGUGGCCUUGGAAGCUGUACCUAUAGACAUAGAUAAGACAAAAGUCAAAGGAGAAGGCCAUGUAGAGGGAGAGAAGGUAGAAAAUCCAGAUACAGGACUUUAUUAUGAUGAAUAUCUCAGGCAAGUAAUAGAUGUCUUGGAAACAGAUAAGCAUUUCAGGGAGAAACUCCAGACUGCUGACAUAGAAGAAAUAAAGAGUGGAAAACUAAGCAGAGAGCUUGAUUUAGUAAGCCACCAUGUGAGAACACGGCUGGAUGAACUAAAAAGACAAGAGGUGGCAAGAUUAAGAAUGUUAAUUAAAGCUAAAAUGGAUUCUGUUCAAGACACUGGCAUAGACCAUCAAGCUCUCCUUAAACAGUUUGAACACCUGAACCAUCAGAAUCCUGACACGUUUGAACCUAAAGAUUUAGAUAUGUUGAUCAAAGCAGCUACAAGUGACCUGGAAAACUAUGAUAAGACCCGCCAUGAGGAGUUUAAAAAAUAUGAGAUGAUGAAAGAACAUGAGAGGAGAGAGUAUUUAAAAACACUGGAUGAAGAAAAGAGGCAGCGAGAAGAAUCCAAAUUUGAGGAGAUGAAGAAAAAACAUGGAGAUCACCCUAAAGUUCACCAUCCUGGAAGCAAAGAUCAGCUGAAAGAGGUGUGGGAAGAAGCAGAUGGACUAGAUCCCAAUGAAUUUGACCCAAAAACAUUUUUCAAAUUACACGAUGUCAAUAAUGAUGGUUUCCUGGAUGAGCAAGAAUUAGAAGCCCUGUUUACUAAAGAGCUAGAAAAAGUUUAUGAUCCCAAAAAUGAAGAGGAUGACAUGGUUGAAAUGGAAGAAGAAAGGCUGAGAAUGAGAGAACAUGUAAUGAAUGAGGUUGAUGUCAACAAGGACCGGCUAGUGACUUUGGAAGAGUUCCUGCGAGCUACAGAGAAAAAGGAGUUUUUGGAGCCAGAUAGCUGGGAGACACUAGAUCAACAGCAGCUCUUCACUGAGGAUGAACUGAAGGAAUUUGAAAGUCAUAUUUCUCAGCAGGAAGAUGAACUAAGAAAGAAGGCAGAAGAUCUUCAGAAGCAGAAGGAAGAGUUACAGAGGCAGCACGACCAGCUUCAGGCUCAGAAACAAGAGCUUCAGCAGGUCGUAAAACAAAUGGAACAAAAGAAACUACAGCAAGGAAAUCCUCCUGCAGGACCAGCUGGAGAACUGAAAUUCCAACCCCCUGGGGAACACAAAGUUGGAGAUACACCAAAACAUCCUGCAGGAGGUGAUCAGCCUUUACCACCAGGACAUGUCCAAGAACCAGCAGCUAGAACUGAUCAAGUUCACCCUUAACCACUUGUGCCUCAACUUUAUAGCAUCUUUAUUAUUGAGGAAUUGGGGGGGCGGGGGGAGGGCAGGAAAUCAGAUUGCAACAUGAACUCUCCACUUUCUUCCCCAGAUUGUAAAAUCAUUGAGAAUGUUAAAGGUGAAGUAUCAAUCAGAUUCAAAUCAUAGAUUAAACUUUCUCCUUAAUGCAGCAGUGAGAAACACAACAAUGGGAUCAUUUAGAGGCUAUAAUGGAGGAGGGAAUUAAGAAAACUAUUAAUACUAAAGGUUUUUAUGGCCAGGGGACUGAGCUGUUGAACUCUUCUCUUACAAAAAGAGAGGAGAUGUCUGCUAUUCUGUGUUUAGGCACAAAUCAGAAUCUUCUCAGAGAGGAAGCAGGGAACUGGCCUGAGUGUCAAGUUAGGUCUAGUUUUACAUAGAAACUCUUUCCAGAAAUGCUGAGAAGUAAAAUAUGGGGAAACAAAGACCACAGAUAAAGGCCUACCAUUUCCAGCACUACCAAACCCUUUCUUCUUUGAGACCAAAUAAAAAUCAGACUUCUAAUCCUUCAUCACAGAAAAUUUGCACUUUCUAAAAUUUAAAUACAGCAAAGAAUUAUGUGGAACAGUGAAUAUUUUUCAUGUUUACAGAAGCCUAAGAAUUCACUGUAAGCCUUGAAAAGGAAUACUGUAUUUCUGGUGUAUUGAUCUGAACCGUCCUCCUUGUUGAGAUUAAUUCUGUGUAGCAGUUGAAUACUCAACUGGCUCUCGGGACAGUACUUUUGUCCCUGUUUCUUUCAUCAGGUGCCAGCUGAUCUCAAAAUUUUGCAUGUUAUUAAGUAAGCCUUUUAUGUUGAUGGAAAUAUUGUGCAAAACAGAACAAGACUCAUUGUCUUUUUCUGUACAGGUUAUCCUACCUCCUAUGAUACCAGAUUUUUCAAAAUGCACCACAUGCUUCAGAAAGCUUUUCUCAGACAUGAAUCUUUGACUUGUUAACUAGUCUUUCAACAGUUCAUGAAGUGUCCUAAAACAGGGGUGCUACUUGAUUGUAUUAUUUUGGUAUUGAACCAGAUUAAGUCCCUAGUAUUGUAAGCCAAGAUUUUACAAGAGUAAGUUAAUUUUCCUGUGGGUUUUACUAUAAUGUUGAAAAGUUGUGUGAUUGUCCUUGCUUGUCAUGCAUUUCAAACUGAAAGUAUCCUAAAGCGUAAACCCUGUUUGGGGUUUUUUCUUUUUGUUUGCUUGAGCUUCUGUGGUGACUUUUUUUUUUUUUUUUUAAAUGUGCAUUGUUCUGGUUGUAUAAUUCUGGCUUUGAACUGAUACACACACACACACACGCACCUUGGCAAGUAUCCUUUGCAUUUCCUUCCUGUUCUGUGGCUAACUAUUGACAGUGUCAUUAAAAGAGAUCAUGUGGGGUUUGAGUAAAGAAACAGGGGCAAGGCUGUGUUACAGAAAGAUGUUGCUUUCAGUAUAAGACUCGAAUAUUUUAGGCAAACUCAAAAAAGACAGGAGGCAAUUACUAACAUUUUGUAUUGACAUUUGGGAAGUUUUUCACUCUGAAGAACUUUGAUCGACUGAAGCUAGGCAUAUUCCUUCCACUUUUAAGGCUUCUUUCAUUAGGACUAAGCACAUUCAUGUUCUCCACACAAAAUAACACCACUGGAACAGAUGAGGUUUCCUUAACUGUUUCAUCUUAUUAGUUAUCAUGUCAUAUUUCCUUCAAGUUGUUAAUAUUUUAAUUCCAAAACCAGCAUCUCCACUCUUUGUCAUUUCCAUGCAUUUCUAACAUGAGUUUAAUUAUGUCUUUGUCAGGAGUCUAAAAUACAUUUUGACAACUUAGUCUUUUUUCUAAGAGGCCCAGACAUAGUUACAGCUACAUCCAAACUAACAUUUUCUCAGUGUGCAGGCCUGUCUCUGAGGCUGUAGCCUGGUAAUGGGUAACAGAGCGAGGCGGGAAACAAAGGGGCAAUUAUUCAAACGUUGUGGAACAGGUGAGGGGAAAUUUUAUUUGUGUUCUCCCCAUCCCACAUGAAAGUUUACAGAGGACAAAUGCUACAGCCACAGAUGUUUCUAGAAAAUUAAGGAGCGAAACCUUUGGUGUGGAGGCAUUUCUACCAUACAAAUCAUUCCUUCAGGCUACAUCCGCCUCCUAACAAAUGUCAUUAUGUGUAAUGACGUGCUUUGUAAUGCUUAUAAGCUUUGGUUUCGGUGCAACCUCAUAUUUUGACUGUAAGAUCCUGACUCUCCCUGCUGUUGGAGAUGGGCAUUAUAUCCCCCUUAUCCCAUUUACUUCAAAACAUCCAGAGUUUUGUAAAGAAUUGUUGUAACUUGGGUGCUGAACUCAGCUUCUGCAUGCUGCUAUGUAGUGAGCAUCACUGGUGACUCUGAGGAAGCCACUUGUGAGAAGCCAGAGUUUUCACUUGUCAUUUCAUCGUGAGUUAGCAUUAGCACAAGUUCCUUGUUUUCCAUUUCAGCUAGUCACUGAGGUGCAUUUAGUGUAAAACAGCUCACGUCUUUCUUUCAGUUGCUAUCUGAUACCUAAGUGUUGUUCUCAUCAGUGCUAAGGUACUUAGUAGCUUGCAGUUUAGCAAUAUACUACAGACUUUCUGUUCAUUUUUUAGAAAUGGAAACAAGCAGGUUUUUUAACCUUAGAAUUGGUGGUUUGGUUUAUUGCGAACAAUAAUCAAGGUUUAGUCAAACUGACAGUUAUUUGCCCUAAAUUAUGUGGAAGCAAGAGCCUCGGUCCUCAACAGUACUUAAGAUAUUGAACUCCUACUGAACACAUCUUAGAUUUUUUGCCUAAAUGUUUUUGAGAUAAGCACCCAAAUUACAACUUCAUACUCUUCCACCCAAUUCAAAAAUCUCAUAUAUGUGUGGGUACCUGUAUCGCAUGUCCACAAAGACAGCAAGGACUGAGGGGAUGUUCUUUCAAAAGAUGGUCUGUCAGGUCCAGGCUAUGGACAGACAAUGUUCACCUGAUACUGUGCAUCUCGCCCUCCUCUGUGGAGGAAGCAUAUUGUUCUUCAGGCCCAGGCUCAAAGAGGUCUCCGUCAGAGCGUAAUGAAGUCACCAAACUAUUUUUGUUCAAUUCAGUUGGAUCAACCUUGAAGUGUGGUUUAUAUAAGAGUUUUCUCACUGUGAAAAACAUCUGCCUUAGAGGUUAUGCAAUGUGCUGAAGUCAUGCUUACACAUGAAAUGUUUAGCAGAUUUGUUGAUUUUAAUGUGUUUGUUGUUUUCAAUGCUGAUGUCUUCUUUUAAUUGGCUUCUCUGUUCCAUAAAAGAGACUAAAAGUAUUAGCCACUGAAAGCAUGUUUCUACCAUGAUACUUGUUUCUCAGGAGCUUUUUAAAGUUGAAAAAAAGUUAUUAAACUAAGCUUACAGCUAAGCGAGGAAGUAGAAAGCUAUAAUCACAGAUAAAUAAAGGGACUGGAAUAUCUUAGGCACCAGUGCUUUCACCUGUACUCUGCUUUUCAUUUAGGAGGUGGUUACAAGAAAACCGAAUGUAACUUCAUACAGACACCAGUUCCAAGACAAAGAUGCAGAGAUUCAGUUUUGUACUUGGCUGGAAUAAGAUUUGAUCAAUGUUGUAGAAAUUCGUAUCCUCCAGUGCAAUAUAUGUAGGAAAAAAAAAAAAAAGCAGCCCCGCUCUGUAGUUUGUAUAGAUUAGUUUUUAACUGGAUUAAACUGAAACUCAGCGUA